AUGGAAUUGGCCACGGUUGCGUAUGUCUUCCUGGCUAUAUUCGCAUAUGGCUUCUGGUGGCGCAAGCCCAAAGACAUAAGCACCCCUAUCGCUGUCCUUCUACAGAUGGACUGCCCUUCGGGCACCAGUCAAGGAGGAAAAUAUACUGUCAGUGCUUUGGGAGGCACUAUGGUCCCCUUUCUUGUUCCAAAAAGCCCAACCCCAUGA